AUGGGAUCGGUCCCACCGCCUUAUGAAGAAAUUCCCCAGACUCCCGGCGCCAAGCUGGCGCCUGGGAAUGUGGGACAAUCAGAUCGUCAUCUAUUACCAGUGCCUUCACCAUCCCCCAGCUUAAUGGGAACCAAGCUUGACGACUCGAAUUACGACGAAUUCCGCCGGUUGUCGCUAAGUCCCUCUCCGUGUCCAUCUCCCAUCCCCAUGGGACGCCUUCCACACAAUGGCACCGAGUUGCAAGGCGACGCAACACCCACCCGAUGGCAGGUAUUCUGGACCAGGAACAAGCCUGCUGCCCUUGUCGCUCUGUCCCAGUUCUUUGGUGCCUUGAUGAACCUCAGUGCCCGUCUGGUUGAACUCGAAGGCAACGGCAUGCACCCGGUCCAGGUGCUCCUCAUGAGACAGUUCAUGACGGCGUGUUGCUGCUCAGCGUACAUGUGGUGGAGCAAGACGCCCGACUUUCCGUUUGGUAAAAGGGAGAUUCGAUGGUUGCUGUGGCUGCGUGGGUUGUCUGGAUACUGGGGUAUAUACGGCAUGUGGUAUUCUAUGAUGUAUCUCCCACUCGCAGAUGCUACCGUUAUCACCUUUCUGGCCCCUGGAGUUGCUGGUUUCAUAUGUUGGUUUGCACUCCGUGAGCCCUUUACUCGAAUCGAGCAGCUCGCGACCCUGGUGGCCCUCCUGGGUGUGGUGUUGAUCGCUCGUCCCACUUCACUCUUCUCCCAUUCUGGCGAGGAUCAAGAUCCCUCGACGACUGAGCCGCCAGAGGGCGGAAUUCCCGGCGCAGAUCACGAGGCUACAUCCGAGGAGCGACUAGUAGCUGUUGGUGUUGCCCUUGUGGGCGUCCUAGGGGCGGCUGGUGCCUUCACGACCCUGCGAACGAUUGGAAAGCGAGCUCAUCCCCUGAUCUCUGUCAACUACUUCGGCGCCAUCUCCACCAUCAUCUCAGCCCUGUUUCUGAUUUUCGCACCUAUCCUUGACGUCGCUCAACCAGGUCUGCGUUGGGUCACCCCAUCUACCGCCAAGCAGUGGCUGUUGCUGCUCCCUCUGGGCAUCCUGGGCUUCAUCAUGCAAUAUCUUUUGACAUCGGGUCUCGGAGCGGACAAGUCGAAUCGUGCCAACGCCAUGGUCUACACGCACAUGCUCUUUGCGGCGAGCUUCGACCGAUGGGUAUUCGGCCACCGCAUGGGCUUGAUGAGCGGCGCAGGAUGUACCUUGAUUCUUGGAAGCGCUAUUGGAGUCGUUUUGAUCAAGAAGUCGCCGCCUCCCAAGGUGCCUGCAGAUGAUAUUGAGAGGCAUGGGAACUUGGUCGGCGAGGCGGAGGGUUCUCCCAUGUUGUUACCCGACUCAGGUACGUCUGAGGAGAUGAGGAUUUCCCGAUAG